UCCUUAGAGCAGAAAUGAGCAAUUCUAGAUCCAGUCUACACAGAUUUAUAAACUGUCUCCAUGUAAAAUCAUAAAGAAGCAUAGCUAUGGCUAAUUUGUCAGACCAUGGUAAAGGAUGUUGGAAGGAUUAAAAUCUGUAAAAUUUUUUUGAAAUGGGUCCUGAUUCUUGCUUACAAAAAAAGACCGGAAGAAUUGAAGGACCUUUACCUUUAACCUCGUGUAUGGGACAGUGUGAGACCCACGAAAUCAUGGAAGGAACUACAAGUUAACCCACUGAUACUUCCUGUGGGCACCUGCUUUUUCUGGCACUGUUUUCAUCAUCAGAUCAAGAGUACAAAUCCAAGAUGGACUAAAACCUGUGAAUGUAAGAUAUCAUUCUCUACAUCUGAGAGGGUCUGAAUUAUGAAAACAACUAUGACAAAUCAUAAGUCCCUGUUGGCACUGUUGCUUAUAUUAGCCUUCUGGAUCAGUUUUACAGUUUUCCACAACUCCUCAGAGAUAUGGGCUGCACUCAAGUGGACUGACCCCCUCCCUCACUGUAACUUCAUUGGGAAGCCCUUGUGCACUAAAGCACCACAGUGUCCAGUACUUUCUGCAGCAGAGACUGACCUGGAAAUCAGGAAGGUCCUGGAGAAACUGGACCAGCUGAUCCCACCCAGACCCUUCACCCACAAAAUCGCUACUACCAGUGCCACACAGAGCAAAGCUACCAUCCUCAAUCCUCGAGAUAAGUACUGCCAGGGGGACCAGCUGGAUAUCCUGUUGGAAGUGAAAGACCACCUGGGACAUAGGAAAGAAUAUGGUGGGGACUUCCUGAGGGCCAGGAUGUACUCCACAGAUCUGAAAGCAGGUGCAUCAGGGAAAGUGACAGAUUUCAACAAUGGCACCUAUCUUGUCAGCUUCACUCUAUUCUGGGAGGGCCAGGUCUCCCUGUCUGUCCUGCUCGUGCACCCCAGUGAAGGGGCAUCAGCUCUCUGGAGGGCAAGGAACCAAGGUUAUGACAGGGUGAUCUUCACGGGCCAGUUUGUCAAUGGCAACUCCCAGGUCAAUACUGAUUGUGCCCUGGUUUUAAACUCAAGUGCUGAAUUGUGCAGAUAUCUGGAUGCUGAAGACCAAGAAGCUUUCUACUGUGUGAGGCCUCCACAUGUUUCCUGUGCUGCACUUACCCACAUGCGUUCCAUGAACAAGAACAUUUCCUAUCUUAGCCAACAAGAAUGGACCCUCUUUGAAAGGUCAAAUGUGGGUGUGGAGAUUAUGGAAAACUCCAGUGUCAUUCAUGUCACAAAAUGCAACAAAACAGUCCCAGUGAAAGAGAAAUGCAAGCCUGGAAUGUUACCCACAAUCCCCAGUGGACAUGCCUGGAAAUACACAUGGUAUCCUGUCUCCUGCAGUUUGACUCCAGUCAGCAUGAAAGACUGCCUGAGAGGAAAACUCAUAUAUCUAAUGGGAGAUUCCACGAUUCGCCAGUGGAUGGAAUACUUCAAAGCCAGUCUCAACACACUGAAGUCAGUAGAUCUACAUGGAUCUGGAAAACUGAAACACCAACUUGCUGUGGAUUUGGAUAGGAAUAUUAACAUCCAAUGGCAAAAACACAGUUACCCCUUGGUUGGCUCAAUGGAAUAUUCAGUCAAAGGGAUUGAGUACAUUGCCCGGAUCAUUGACAGAAUUGGAGGAGAUAAAAAUACCAUUGUUGUAAUUUCUCUGGGCCAGCAUUUCAGACCCUUUCCCCUUGAUGUCUUCAUACGAAGGGUCCUCAAUGUCCACAGAGCUGUUCAGCGCCUUCUUCUGAGAAGCCCAGACACUAUGGUUAUCAUCAAGACAGAAAACACCAGGGAGAUGCACAGUGAUGUGGAAAGAUUGAGUGACUUUCAUGGUCACAUUCAAAAUCUUGUUAUAAAGGACAUUUUCCAGGAUCUCAAUGUGGGUAUUAUUGAUGCUUGGGAUAUAACAAUUGCAUAUGGCUCAAAUGAAGUCCAUCCACCUCAAUAUAUUAUUAGAAAUCAAAUCAAUAUAUUCUUAAACUAUAUUUGCUAGUUUGCACAUAUCACUGAAAAUCAUUCAUUUAAUUAAAAAAUAUCUCCUCAAUGAUUGCACUAGACUACAUUCUCACCAACAGAGAAGUAUUCCUUUUUCCCCCCACAGCCCCACCAGCAUUUGUCAUUGCUUGA